AUGGAUUUACUGCAGUGCUACGGUGGAUCUGGUGAUUACAAAGGAUACUGCAGCUGGAUUGUAGAUCAAAACGAUUGGGGUAGAUUUAAAUGGCGUAUGGAUAAAUUACCGUCAAUGAAUAAUAAUCAAGUUGUUUCACAACAAGCUAUGUGUUUGCAUAGAUCUGCUAGUCUUAAGACACCUGAAACGUUAACUUCUCGUUUAUGGAGUCCAUCCAUCGGCAUUUUAGAUGAAUCUUCAUCGGAGAACGAUGUAGAUACUUCCAUGAAUCUCACAGUUGAUUUACAACCGCGUUGUGUUUCUUUUUCAUUUCGUUUCUUUUACCCUCAUAUUGUUGCGUUCAGUCCAUUAUCGGAGGAAGUUCGGAGAGUGCCAAAUCUUUCUGUUUUAAAACGUCAAAGAGGGUGA